UGAGUGAAAGAGAUGGGAAGUGAAUAGAGAAUUUGAUGAUGAAGAGAGAGAGAGAUGGGGAAGAAGAAGAGAAACGAUUAGAUAGACAGUGGUAUGACAUGGAUCAAGGUUAUGAUGACACAAAUAACCCAUUUGCUGAUGUGUCCCAGGAAUAUGAGAGGAAGAAAAAUGAGAAACUGGAAAAGAACAAGAAAAAGAUGAGUGCAAAGCAGAGGCAAAUUCAUAAGGAUAAUGAAUUGUGGGAGACAAAUAGGAUGUUGACCAGUGGUGUUGUACAGAAGAUUGAUUAUGAUGAGGAUUUUGAAGAAGAAUUUACCAACAGGGUCCAUAUUUUGGUGCACAACAUUGUGCCCCCAUUCUUGGAUGGCCGUAUAGUUUUCACAAAGCAACCAGAGCCUGUGAUUCCAGUCAAAGAUUCUACAUCAGAUAUGGCACAGGUGUCUAGGAAAGGUUCUGCUGCUGCUCAAGAGCAGGAGGGAAAACGCGAACGUAGGAAAGCUGCCAAAAAGGAAUGGGAACUUGCUGGUACACAGUUAGGAAAUCUUAUUGGUGUCAAAAAAGAGGAUGAGAGAGAUGACAGGAAGAUUGAAGAGGGAGAAACAGAUUACAAAGCUGAUCAAAAUUUGCAGAAGGAUGCAAAUGAAGCAUCUAGUGACUUUGCUAAAAAGAAGUCCAUCAAGGAGCAGCGACAAUUUCUCCCAGUUUUUGCAGUAAGGGAAGAACUACUGCGAAUUAUUAGAGAGAAUUCAGUUGUAAUCAUUGUUGGUGAAACAGGAAGUGGGAAGACGACUCAGUUGACUCAAUACCUUCAUGAGGAUGGUUACAGUACACUUGGCAUGAUUGGAUGUACACAGCCAAGGCGAGUGGCUGCAAUGUCAGUGGCCAAGCGAGUGUCUGAUGAAAUGGGUACACACCUUGGAGAAGAAGUUGGUUAUGCCAUUCGUUUUGAAGAUUGUACAAGUGAACAAUAAAAAUACAUGACUGAUGGAAUAUUGCUCAGAGAGUCAUUGCGUGAGAGUGAUUUAGAUAAUUAUAGUGCAAUUAUUAUGGAUGAGGCUCAUGAACGUUCCCUAAGUACAGAUGUAUUGUUUGGUUUGUUGCGUGAAGUUGUGGCUCGAAGACAUGAUUUGAAGUUGAUUGUUACAUCUGCUACAAUGGAUUCACAAAAAUUUGCUACGUUCUUUGGUGAAGUACCAGUGUUUACCAUUCCUGGCAGAACAUUUCCUGUUGAGGUAUUUUUUUCACGUAAUGUAGUUGAGGAUUAUGUAGAAGCAGCAGUGAAGCAAGCUCUUCAAAUUCAUCUUCAAGCUGAGGAAGGAGAUAUUCUGGUAUUCAUGCCAGGACAGGAAGAUAUUGAGGUCACCUGUGAACUUAUUGUGGAAAAAUUAGAUGAAAUUGAUAAUGCCCCCCAGUUAGCCGUUCUUCCCAUCUAUUCUCAGCUUCCUUCAGAUCUCCAAGCAAAGAUUUUCCAACGUGCACCUGAUGGUCUUCGCAAAUGUGUUGUGGCUACAAACAUCGCUGAAACAUCUCUUACUGUAGAUGGUAUUAAGUAUGUUGUUGAUUCAGGUUACUGCAAGCUGAAGGUUUUCAAUCCAAGGGUAGGUAUGGAUGGCCUUCAGGUUUAUCCAGUGUCACAGGCCAAUGCCAACCAGAGAAUGGGCAGAGCAGGGCGUACUGGUCCUGGUAUGUGCUAUCGCUUGUACACAGAAAGACAGUAUAAGGAUGAACUGUUGGCAACUACAGUUCCAGAGAUACAGCGUACAAAUCUGGCAAAUGUGGUGCUUUUACUGAAAUCUCUUGGUGUAGAAGACCUGCUUAAAUUUCAUUUCAUGGAUCCUCCUCCUCAGGAUAACUUGCUAAACUCUCAGUAUCAGUUGUGGACUCUAGGUGCCUUGGAUAACACUGGUAUGCUAACAAAGUUAGGAAGAGCAAUGGUAGAGUUUCCACUUGAUCCAGCACUUUCAAAAAUGUUGUUGGCAGGUGUAGAAAUGCAUUGCUCAGAAGAAAUUUUAACAAUUGUUUCCAUGUUGUCUGUUCCAGCACUCUUCUACCGUCCCAAAGGUAGGGAGGAGGAAGCUGAUGCAAUGCGUGAAAAAUUUCAGGUACCAGAGUCUGACCAUCUGACUUAUUUGAAUAUAUAUAGACAGUGGCGUCUGCAGAAAUAUUCCAUGAAUUGGUGUAAUAAGCAUUUCUUACAUUUUAAAGCUCUGAAAAAAGUAAGAGAAGUAAGACAACAGUUACAUGACAUCAUGGAACAACAAAAGCUAAAGGUAAUUAGUUGUGGUAUGGAUGAAGACUUAGUACGCAAGUGCAUAUGUGCUGCAUACUUCCAUCAAGCUUGUCGCCUGAAAGGGAUUGGUGAAUAUGUUAACCUUCGUACAGGAACACCUUGCCACCUCCACCCUACUUCAGCCCUGUUUGGUAUGGGAUACACGCCUGAUUACAUUGUGUACCACGAAUUGGUAAUGACAAGUAAAGAGUACAUGCAGUGUGUCACAGCAGUGGAAGGAGGGUGGUUAGCUGAAGUGGGAGGUAAAUUUUAUAGUAUUAAUGAGGGUGGAGCAUCUCGGAUGGAAAAACGCCGCCAGGCUCUUGCGCACAAAGCUGCCAUGGAAGCAGAGAUGGACAGAGCCCAGGACACACUGAAGGCAAGAGCAGAAGAGAAGCAGCGAAGAGAAGAAUCAUCUCGUCGCCAACAAGUGUAUGAUGUUGGCACACCCAGGCGUGUGCAGACUUCAGCGCGAUUUGGCAUUUAAAUGUAUAAUUUCUGAAAUAAGUUUGAAAGUGACAAUAGAAAUUUGGCUAAUAUUGUGAAAUAUGAUUAAUCCUUUGCUUUUGUUUUCUGUGUAAUAAUGAAAUGUUUUAUGCUAUUGAAAUGGAAACAUUAUUUUAAUACUAACAGUUGGUACAUUUCAUAUCACCCAAAAGUUUGUAAAUAGGUAUUUUUCUUCACUUUAAAAAGACCUUAAAUCAAAUAUUAAGUCUUUGAUAUCAGGAUUUUAAUUAAUUUCUCUUGAGUGACUUCCCUGACAAGAAUCUAUUCUUGUCAUUUUAUAUUGUAAUUAUCUAUCAUUAUGAAUGUAUUUUUUUAAGUUCUGAUAAGUAAAUUUUAUACAAAUUAC